AAGCACUUUCAUUUUCACCACUUUCAACAAAAGUAGAAGAAAAGUACUAAUAUCCAACUUUAUAGUAUUAUUUUCUAAGAAGCUGAAAACACAAAUUUGAUUGGUAAAGCAACAGUACAAGUCCUACCUAUCAUUCUUCAUUCAUAUUCAUUUCACAUUACAUAUCCAUUCUUGUAGUUUUUUCCCUACUGUUUUGAGGUCACUACACUGAUUUUUAAGAAUAUUCUGUACUAUUAUGCAAAGUUUUCAAACUUGACUGAAAAGCUGAAAACCGAUCUUGUUGGAUAGAUUGAAAGGUUUUCUAAUAUUUAUGAUCGGACGGCUAUGAUCGAUUAUAGCAUCCUGCUGUAACUGCGUUUAAUCCUUAUCCUUACUUACAUAAGCAAAAUGCUGUUUGCAAAACUUUUUCACUGUAGUAGAUACACAUGAAACCUUCCACAAACUAAAAACUGUUCUCUUUGCAACUUUAUCAGUGUAGCAGAACAAACUGUUCACAUUCUAAGGUUUUGAAAAGCAAAGAAAAUUUAAAAAGAAGAUGAAGGAUUUUCGGAGCCUAAUUGGCGGGGACUCUAGCUGUUCUGAGACUAGAGGAAAUCCUUUCUGUUAUGAUUUCAAGAGUUUGAAAGAUCCUUCUUCAUGCAAUAACUAUUUCUUGGUAAUUUUCUUUGAUUUGUUCUUGCUGAUUAUGCUGUCAUUCACGAUGUUCCUGAAGUCUUCCUUGAGACCCUUUUGGAGUCAAGUAAGAUAUUCAAACUUGCAGCUAGUUUCUGCUAUAGCCAAUGGCUCUCUUGGUUUGUUGCAUUUAUGCUUAGGAAUUUGGGUUUUAGAGGAGACAUUAAGGAAAACUCACAAAACAUUUCCUCUUAAUUUGUGGUUGGUAGAAUUCUUUCAUGGACUCACAUGGUUGUUAGUAGGUUUAACUAUAAGUCUUCGGAAAAAACAACUUCGAAGAGCAUGGUUGUGGCUAUUUUCUAUUCUCGCAUUCUUUGCUUCUGGUAUAUUAUGUGUUUUAUCCAUGUCUUAUGCAAUUGAAAGAAGAGACUUGUCCCUCAAGGAAGCUUUAGAUGUUAUAACUUUUCCGGGAUCAACUUUGCUUUUGUUAUGUACUUACAAAGUAUGUAAACGUGAAGAUUGCGAUGCAGACCGAGAAACUUCUGAAAGGCUUUAUGUUCCCUUAAAUAGCGACUUCGAUGAUGUUUCUCAAUGUCAUGUCACGCCAUUUGCCAAAGCUGGAUUCUUUAGUAAGAUAUCAUUUUGGUGGUUGAAUCCAUUGAUUAAAAAGGGACAAGAAAAAACACUUCAAGAUGAGGAUAUCCCGAAGUUAGGAGAGUGUGAACGAGCAGAAAGUUGUUAUUUGUCAUUUGUAGAACAAUUAAGGAUACAAAGAGAAAAAGAAUCAUCAUCACAUUCAUCGGUAUUGUGGACGAUCAUAAUGUGCCACCGAAGAGAGAUUUUGAUAACAGGAUUCUUUGCUUUGCUCAAGAUACUUGCUAUAUCUUGCGGCCCUCUACUUCUGAAUGCUUUUAUAUUGGUUUCUGAGGGUAAUGAAAGUUUCAAAUAUGAAGGUUAUAUAUUGGCUAUAUCACUCUUCUUCAUAAAGAUCAUAGAAUCCUUAGCACAAAGACAAUGGUAUUUUCGCAGUAGAAUUGUUGGGAUGAAAGUUAGGUCACUACUUACGGCAAACAUUUAUAAAAAAACAUUAACGCUAUCCAAUUCUGCUAGAUUGAUUCACUCUGGUGGUGAGAUAAUGAAUUAUAUAACCGUGGAUGCAUAUAGAAUUGGAGAAUUUCCAUUCUGGUUUCACCAAACAUGGACAACGAUCCUCCAACUGUGUAUUGCGUUAGUAAUUCUUUUCCGAGCAAUUGGACUAGCAACAAUAGCUUCAAUGGUUGUGAUAGUUCUCACAGUGCUUUGCAACACUCCACUAGCAAAGUUACAACACAAGUUUCAGAGCGAACUUAUGGUGGCACAAGAUGAGAGAUUGAAGGCGAGUUCUGAGGCUCUUGUGAAUAUGAAAGUGCUAAAGUUAUAUGCAUGGGAAAACCAUUUUAAAAAUGCUAUAGAAAAGUUAAGAAAUGCGGAACUCAAAUUGAUAUCUGCAGUGCAAUUAAGUAAGGCGUACCUUCUCUUUCUCUUUUGGACCUCGCCGGUGUUGGUGUCUGCUGCUUCUUUUCUAGCAUGUUACUUCCUUAAAGUUCCUUUGCAUGCAAGUAAUGUUUUCACUUUUGUAGCAACUCUACGCCUAGUUCAAGAGCCAAUUACAGGUAUCCCGGAUGUAAUUACGGUGAUCAUUCAAGCAAAAGUUGCAUUUGCUCGGAUUAGUAAUUUCCUUGAGGCACCAGAACUACAGAAUGCAAAUUUAAAGAACAGGCGCUUUAAUGACAACCACAAAGGCUCAGUUUUAAUAAAAUCAGCCGACUUUUCAUGGGAAGGUAAUGUAUCAAAGCCAACACUAAGAAACAUAAAUUUGGACAUUAGACGCGGACAAAAGGUGGCUAUUUGUGGAGAAGUUGGCUCCGGAAAAUCAACACUUUUAGCAACAAUUCUAGGAGAAGUUCCUAAUACAAAGGGAACUAUUGGUGUAUAUGGGAAGUUUGCAUAUGUUUCUCAAACUGCAUGGAUCCAAACCGGUACAAUACGAGAAAAUAUUUUGUUUGGAUCUGAGUUGGAUGAUCAAAGAUAUCAAGAAACACUUCAAAGAUCUUCAUUGGUAACGGACCUUGAGUUGCUUCCAUAUGGUGACCUCACUGAAAUAGGCGAGAGAGGAGUUAAUUUAAGUGGAGGUCAGAAGCAGCGAAUUCAACUAGCUCGAGCUCUUUAUGAGAAUGCUGAUAUAUAUCUCUUGGAUGAUCCAUUCAGUGCCGUUGAUGCACAUACUGCAAAAAGUUUAUUUAAUGAAUAUAUCAUGGACGGACUCAAAGGAAAAACUGUCUUACUCGUGACUCAUCAAGUUGACUUCCUCCCAGCAUUUGAUACUGUUUUGUUGAUGUCAGACGGGGUAAUCCUACAAGCCGAUCCAUAUAACCAGCUAUUAACCACAAGCCGAGAAUUCCAAGAUCUUGUCAAUGCUCACAAGGAGACUGCUGGUUCAAACCAGCCUGUGAAUUUUACUUUUACACAAACUUCUAAAAAGGUUACACAAACUUUCGUGGAAAAGCAGAUUAUAGAAACAAAUGGAAAUCAAUUAAUUAAGCAAGAAGAAAGAGAGAAAGGAGACACAGGAUUGAAGCCUUACUUACAAUAUAUGAAUCAGAUGAAAGGCUAUAUAUUCUUCAUUGUGGCUUCACUUGGUCACCUUAUUUUUGUGGUUUGUCAGAUAUUGCAAAACUCAUGGAUGGCUGCUAAUGUUGACAAUCCCCGCAUCAGCACGUUGCAGUUGAUUUUAGUUUACUUCCUACUUGGAGUUUCAUCAGCAUUUUUCAUGUUAACCAGAAGUCUCUUUGUAGUUGCUUUGGGUCUUCAAUCUUCAAAGUACUUAUUUUUACAGUUGAUGAACUCUCUCUUUCGAGCACCGAUGUCUUUUUAUGACUCUACACCAUUGGGAAGGAUACUUAGUAGGGUUUCAUCUGAUCUGAGCAUUAUGGAUGUUGACGUCCCAUUUAGCCUCACAUUUGUGGUGGGAGCAACUAUGAAUGUUUGUUCUAGUCUCGGAGUUUUAGCAGUUGUCACUUGGCAAGUAUUGAUUGUGGCUAUACCAAUGGUUUGUGUUACAAUUCGCUUGCAGAGAUACUACUUUGCCUCAGCAAAAGAAGUGAUGCGGAUGAAUGGCACAACAAAAUCCUACUUAGCUAAUCACAUAGCUGAAACUGUUGCCGGAUCUGUGACAAUAAGGGCUUUUGAGGAGGAAGAUCGUUUUUUUGAGAAGAAUCUUGAUCUAAUCAACAUUAAUGCUAGUGCAUUUUUUCAUAAUUUUGCCUCAAAUGAGUGGUUGAUCCUACGGUUGGAAACAAUAAGUGCAGGUCUUCUUGCCUCAGCAGCGCUAUGCAUGGUCAUACUUCCAACAGGGACUUUCACCUCUGGAUUCAUUGGUAUGGCUCUAUCUUAUGGCCUUACACUAAAUUCUUCCUUAGUAUUUUCAAUUCAAAGUCAAUGCACUAUUGCAAGUCAGAUAAUAUCAGUAGAGAGGCUAAAUCAAUAUAUGCAUAUACAAAGUGAGGCCGAAGAAAUAGUCGAAGUAAAUCGUCCUCCUCUGAAUUGGCCAGUUGCAGGCAAAGUAGAAAUACAAGACUUGAAGAUACGAUACAGGCCCGAUGGACCACUUGUUCUUCAUGGAAUCACAUGCAUAUUUGAAGCAACUCACAAGAUUGGUAUCGUUGGCAGAACAGGCAGUGGGAAAUCCACUCUUAUUAGCGCUUUAUUUCGUCUUGUGGAACCGGAAGGAGGAAAAAUUGUAGUUGAUGGAAUAGACAUCUCAUCUAUUGGCCUUCAUGAUUUGAGGUCACGAUUUGGGAUUAUACCUCAAGAUCCUACCCUUUUUCACGGGACAGUAAGAUAUAACUUAGACCCUUUAUCUCAACACACUGAUAAAGAGAUAUGGGAGGUUCUCGGAAAGUGUCAAUUGCGAGAAGUUGUCCAAGAGAAAGACGAGGGCUUAAACUCGUCAGUUGUUGAAGAUGGAUCAAACUGGAGCAUGGGACAAAGGCAGUUAUUCUGUUUGGGGCGUGCUCUUUUGCGAAGAAGUAGGAUAUUGGUGUUGGACGAAGCAACUGCUUCAAUUGACAAUUCAACUGAUAUGAUUCUACAGAAAACCAUUAGAACCGAGUUUGCGGAUUGUACAGUGAUCACAGUAGCACACAGGAUACCGACCGUGAUGGAUUGCACUAUGGUUCUUGCAAUCAGUGAUGGAAAAUUGGCGGAGUAUGACGAGCCAAUGAGCUUAAUGAAGAGAGAAGAAUCGUUGUUCGGGAAGCUUGUCAAGGAAUACUGGUCUCAUUUUCAGUCUGCAGAAUCGCAUUAAUGUUCACAAUGAUUUUUUAUUCCAGCACUAUUGUACUUGCAAUAAGUCAAGAAAUUGAGUAGAUGUAAAAUCUGUUCUGUUAGGAGACCUGUGAAAUGGUUAAGGAUUUAGCAGAAUGUAUGAACUUUAUUGAAAGAUUGUUGUUUUACAAAGUUUGAGUUCUUGAUAAUGAAA